AUGCCGCCUCGUCAUCAGGACGAGCGAGUGGUUUCCCUCGAUGACGAGCUAAUUUCCAUGAUGGAAUCGGAGGCUCCCCAACUCGAAAAAAAACGGGUUCAGCAAAAAAGACCAAACAAAAAAAGCAAAGUCGUCAACAAACCAGACGAAAUUAAGAUUCCUCUGCAUCCAAAGCAAGUCCCAGAAAACCUGCCUGAACAAUGGACAUGUUACAAUCUCAAUCGUGCCUUGUUAUUGUCUUUAGAGGCCCUUGGUCUUGGCUUUCCAACUCAAAUCCAAAAGCUUGUUCUGACGGAAAGUUCCCGAUGCCAAGUUGGCACUCUUCCGGACGUAAUCGCUUCGGCGCCUACUGGCUCCGGAAAAACUCUUGCUUUUCUUUUGCCAUUACUGAAUGCUAUUUUAUCUCCCAUUGGGUCGCGAUCUUCGCAAACGUCGCCUUCUGAAUUGUACAUGUCUACCUGUGCUUCAGAUUUGGAGGGCUCUGAAGGGCCUAACUCUGGCCUCUUGAAAAACAAUGUAGAGCCCAUCUCUGCAUUAAUCUUGGUACCAACAAGAGAGCUUGCAUUUCAAAUACAUUCCGUUGCAUUGGACUUGGUUAAGGGCUCAAAUAUCAGGGUAGCCCUUCUGACGGGCGGGAUUUCCGUUCAAAAGCAACAUCGAAUUUUAUCUAAAAAAGUAGAUGUGCUUAUUUCUACCUCCGGUCGCCUUUGGAGUCACGCUAAUGAUGAAGAGCACGUCUCUCUUAAAAUAAAAGAGCGACUUUCGGCGCUAUCGUUUCUUGUCAUUGAUGAGAUUGAUCGGAUGACUGAGGGUUGCGGUCGGUUUAAAGAAUUGGAGUCAAUUUUAGCACUUCUUAACCCUAUUGCAACGAUGGUUUUCUCCGCAACUUUCGAUAACUUGAAAAGUUCCGCCUUGUUUAGCAAAAUCCCCUUUCCCUCAAAGGCACCGCUUUUUUUGUCCACAUCCACCGCGGAGAUGAAAAAAACCCCGCUCUCCGGUCUAGCUUCCAAUGUUUCGGUGCUCAAGCUUCGAUGCUGUAUCCGCGAUAAAGACGCCUGUCUGGUUGCCCUGCUAGAGAAGCCACCUGUUGUCCCAACAAUUGUGUUUGUCAAUUCAAUUGCAAUGAUAAGGCGUUUAUGCUCACUUUUGCGCCUUUUGGGGAUCAAUGCAUUGCCGCUACAUAGCCAAAUGCCUCAAAGGCAACGUUUGAAAAACAUCGAUCGCAUCAAGUCCGCACUCAAUGCCGACAAAAGCCCAAUCCUGCUUGCAACGGAUGCUGUUGGUCGAGGCAUUGACAUUCCUCAUGUUUCGAGAAUUAUCCAUUUCCAGGUCCCUCCAACCCUUAGCCAAUUUAUCCAUCGGAGCGGUCGAACAGGAAGAGCUGAUGCAUGUGGUGUAUCCUACCUCUUGAUUGCACCAGAUGAUCAUCAAGCAUCGGCAUCUCUUUUGAAGGCUGCAAAAGCCCUCAUUAAAGAGGAUCCGCAGUUAGAAAAUCUUUUAUGGGAUCCAAAUGUUUUAUCCAAAAUCAAGGAGCGUCUUGAAAUUGCUACACUCGUUGAUUCUUUUGAACAUAAAAACAGGAAAGUCCAAUCCGAUAAGACAUCAGCCUUAUUCCUUGAUGAAGACGAGUCUUCAGUACAGCAUAGCGCGAACAAGAGACAAAAUCUUCAAGGAGCCAUGCCGUAUGAUGAAGAUGCUGUCGUUGAGCAGCAGAUCGCCUUGUCGAAAUUGUCGAAAAUGAAAAAAUUGCUUGUUAAAUUAAAUGCUAAACACUAA